AUGUCCAACAAGCCCAUCUGCGACUGCGACACCCCGGAUCCGUGGAUCGUCGCCGCCAACAGCCAGUUCUACUUGACCUUCACCCUCGGCAACCGAGUCGAGAUCUGGGCCUCGCCGCACCUGGAAAACUUUCACAACUGCCGCAAAUCCGUCAUCUGGCAGCCUCCUCCGGGCUCGCCCUGGUCCGCCGACAUCUGGGCGCCUGAGCUUCACUACCUCAAGGGGAAAUGGUACAUUUACACCUGCGGCGCUCCGCCCGACGUCGGAAACCCCGGCCACAGGACUCUGGUGCUCGAGUCUUCCAAGCCGGACCCCAUGGACCCGACCGGUUGGCGGUUCCUCGGCCCUCUGAAAGGAAUGCCCCAUCACUGGCAAAUCGACGCCACCGUCUUUAGCACCAACGGCCACGAUCUCUACUGCUGCUGGAGCGGUUGGCCCCCCGGCGACGACAGCGAUACACAGCAAGACCUGUUUCUUAUAAAGAUGGCCGGCCCUGCCGAGGCCGUUGAGGGCUCCAUGGUCUGCAUCUGCCGCGCCGAUCAGCCAUGGGAACGCCCCGACGGCGGAAAGCGCGGCGUCGCCGAAGGUCCGACGUGGGUCGACUUCCCCGGCUUCAGAGGCAUCGUCUACUCGGCCCACGGCAGUUGGACGAGCGAGUACACGCUGGGUCUGCUGGCUUUGGCCGGCCAGGACCCGCUGCGUCCCGAGUCGUGGUCCAAGCGACCGGCGCCCCUGCUCAAGAGCAACCAGAAACACGGAGGGCCCUUUGGCCCGGGUCACGCGAGUUUCCUGCCGAGUCCGUACAACGACGGCCGCAUAUUCUGCGUCUACCACGCGACGGCAGACUAUGGCCAAGGAUGGGACAACAGAAAGGCACGCGUGUUGAGUAUGGAUCCACACAUGUUUGGGCCACACUGCGCGCCCAUCUGCUGCCACUGCGGGAGUGCUCCGACGGCCGGACAUGGCGGUGGUCAGACGAAGCAGAAGUUUGACCAGAUGCUGAACAAGGCUCCUCCGCAAGUCCAAGGCCUUCUUGGCAAAGUCAAGAAGUUUCUCUGA